CUACUGUUACACUCCUGCCCCGAAAACGCCGCUCUGGACCAAGAAAUCGAUUCAUGUCCGGUUGGACCUGUGCCACCAGGCGUAAAUUCUUUCGAGUUUCAAUCACCUGCACCAGAUCAUAAACUCAUUCCCGAACAAGAUCUCCUCGGCGUGGCAGCGCUGAUCCUCACCGGAAGUUAUGCUGAGCAAGAGUUCGUCAGAGUGGGUUAUUAUCAGAAUACAGAAUACGAGGUGGCGAGGAAGAGCGGCAAAAAGGUUGCUGUGGAAAGAUUGGUGAGGGACAUUACGAAGAAGCCGAGAGUGACGAGGUUUCAAAUCAAGUGGGACGUAGCCCCCCCUCAAUCAACAGGUGCACUAGGAGCAGCAACUUCUGCGGCUGUUCCUUCUGCGGACUCGUACGGCGACGACGACAAUGAAAAAGACCAAAUGGACGUUGAUACUCCUACCAAGUCGAACGGUAAUAUACCAAUAUCGUGA